UGACCCAAAAAAUGAAAGUGAAAGUGUUUCCUGGAUAUUAUGGGGGUUUAGAGAGUAUAAAACGCUGCACAUCUCAAACUGUCAGCACAGAUCUGCAAGACUCACAGGUUGAUUCACAGACAAGACUGCCUUCAUCAUCAUCACCACCAUCACCAUGAACACUUUGGUUCUGCUGUGUCUUUUUUGUGUCAGCUUUAGUUACGGAGCUCCGGUUGAUGAAGCUGUUGAACCCGUUAAUGACCAGCAUCUGGACCCUUCUCCAGCUGAGUUUGAGCCUGUAGUUGAGGACACAGCUGAGGUUGCAGAUAUAGCUACUUUUGUCCAGUGUCCUGCUGGUUGGUUCAGGCACGGCUCCCGCUGUUUUCUGCUGGUCAGGUCUCGGAUGUCCUGGCUCAACGCAGAGAACCACUGUGUCAGUCAGCAGGGUAGUCUAGCCUCUGUCCAAAGUCCAGCUGAGUAUCAGUUCCUGCAGAAUCUGGCUGACCUCGGAGGCCAGACAUCUGCAUGGAUUGGUGCCUUCAACUUCCAGAACACAUGGAUGUGGAUUGACAGGGCAGGAUUCUACUACAGUAACUGGCAGUCACUGAGCAGCGUGUCCAGCAACCCCUGCGCUUACCUGCAGACACGCGCUGGUUGGGCAAACACGAACUGUGCAACCACUCUGGCAUUUUUCUGUGUCAGGAUCCCACAGUGCUAAACAACUAACAAUAAUAAUGAAACUGUUAAAUGAUUUUUUUUCAGUUACUCAAAACGAACUUAACAAUGACUUCUUCCCAUAUGUUACUCUGACAGAAGACUUAAAUGUUGUUUUUAGACGUACAACAACUGAUGUAUUUUCUCCUCAUUUAACACAGAAUAGUGUUACACAAUUCUGAACUGCAUUGAUAAUUGUGUUUUUGUUUUACUGUCAAUAUUUGGUACAUUGUACUUUGAUCAUAUUUUGUUUUUAAUAAAUUUCUUCAGUAUACACUGGAAAACCAAAAGCA